CUUCUGCGAAAGAGAGGAUAGCGGUCAAUCGUCAUCCUUUUCAUUUCUUUACCCAUCUCAAUUCCCAAUGACGCCAGAGUUGGUUCUGUUUUGGUCUGGUAAAACGUGGGAGUGAGUGUGAAGAGCCGAAUGAGAUAACGAGAGAAACGGUAGUAAAAACAAGGGGAGAGAGAGAGAGAGAGAGAGAGUACACCUUUUUCUUUUUUUUUCUCUUUUAUAUAUGUACUUAAUUCCUCAAAUCAAAUAUUGCUGUUUUAUGCUUCAUGGAUCCGCUUUUCUCGCUUCUUCGCCAACAUAUCCCACAAGCUUUUUAGCUUUUUUCGAUCUCUGAAAACUUCUCUAUCUCUUCCAUAUUUACACACACAGACCCAAGUCUCUUUCUGUAGUGUACUGCAUCUUCCUGUCAUUUUCGUUCUGAUUUCCUUUUGUUAGAGAAGCUUUUUCUACAACAUAUUUCCCGUCUCCAAAGAAGAGUACUAAUGGGCAGGGAAUGGUAUUGGGGUGGAAAAUCCUCCAAGCGAGGCGGCGCCGGAGGAGAGAAAGACACCUCCUCUUCUGGUUGCAUGAAUGCUGUCUUUCAGUUCUUUGAUUUCCAUCACUUUCAGUUUGCUUUACACCACCAAGAACCCUCCUUUGACUCCACCUUUAUCCUCCCUGAAGAACCCACCAUUCCCAAAGGAGCCGAGGCACCAAGAAACAGCCUGCAAUCAGAGGAGCUUUUGCUGUCUCAUAUUAUAAGAGAAAGAGUAGAAGAAAAAUCUUUACAUAUCCCAAUGGGUAUCCAAAUUAAAACAAGUGGACGCGCAGGAUCAAAAGCAGGAGCUCCAAAUGAUUCUUCCUCAGAAAUCAGCGGCUCUCCUGGAACCAAGACUCCAAAUUUGGUAGCCAGGCUUAUGGGUCUUGACAUACUUCCUGAAACACAAUCACCCUGUUCUUCUUCUUCAACAGACGGCGCAUCAAAUCCUCUUUCAAAGUCACAUUUACAACCUCUUCGCCGGAGACUAAGAAAAGGCUUGGACAACGUUGUUACGGGUACACAGUCUUUGCCGGAGACUCCUAGAAUAUCCUCAGCCAGAAGAUCGGACGCGGAGCACAGGCUGUCGCUUCAAAUCAACAAAGAGAACUUGAUCAGCGCCGCCAGUGAAGACUUGGAGUUUUCUCGGUUUUCAUAUUUCAGAAGGAAAGAGCUGGGAGUUGAAGAUAAUGAGAAUAACAGAAGUAGUACUCCAAGCCAAUAUGCUAGGCAAAUUGUGAAGCAGAUGAAAGAAAAAGUUAGCAGGAAAGUUGGGCUUGACAUCACAAACACUAUCGCGAACGUCAGAGAUCAAGGAAGAACUGAUCAUCAGCUUGUUAGCCAGUUCAAAUCCAGGAAACUUUCAAAGGCGUUCGCCAAAGUUAAUGUAGAAGAAUCAAGUCCAGGCAAGCACGUCUCAACAGCUUCUUUCUCUCCAAGGCUCAGAUUCUUGGAGCCCAAGACGACCAAAACAAGCACAACACCACCAUCCACCAAAGAUAGAGCUUCUCAUUUCUCAAAAACCUCGUCGUCUAUACUGUCUUCAGUACCAUCCAAUGCUCAGCCGAAACCUCAAACAUUGCAAAAGCAACAGGUGCCGUCCGGCCAGAAGUCAAUCCAGAAAUCUAAAGGGAUAGCCGGUGAAAGGUUCGGUCAAAGGCUAAAGAAGCCUCCGCAGACAUCGGAUAUAAUUCGAAACAAGCAAGAAGAACCAUUUGUUCGUCCAUCAACAGCCACCACGCCAGACAAGAAAUGCAAGAAAACCCCGUUGUCAAAUGACCUUCUCAAUAUCACUGUCCCAACCCUUCUCCCUCUCAAGAAAGACCCUUCACCACCAGCAACCAGAAUUCCUCAAAAACUGGCGCCAUUUGAUGACCAAAAAUCAAGAUUUAGCACACAGUUAUCUAGUUCUUCGGGCCAGACGUACAGACAAGAAGCGACGCGCACGCUCACGGCCCGAGAAAGCGAUAACGGUGCCUCCACCACCGGAGCAAGUGCAGGAGAAUAUCAGUUCGUUGCCAACAUACUAAGCCGUACUGGCAUACAGAAAGAUACCUUGGUGUCCUUCACUAAUUGGUUCUCCCCCUCUCACCCCUUGGACCCAUCAACCUUUCAGCAACUCGAUAAUUAUUCUUGCAACAACAGAAGAUUACUGUUUCAUCUUGUUGAUGAGCUUUUGGCUGAUAUUCUGAAGCCGUAUAUGAACAUGAAGCCAUGGGCUAGCUCGAACGGGCAUGGUUAUAACUGUCACAUGCAAGGGUCACAGCUACUUGACACGCUGUGUGCCAAAAUUCGAAGCUUCCCACGUGCCGAUUGUCGUGUUCUUGAAGACAUUGAUGGUUUGAUUGAUAAAGAUUUGCCGAAAGCUAAGGUGGAAAGCGCGAUGGCGUUUGAGGAAGAAGGAGAGGAGAUGGUGACGGAGAUAGAGAAGGACAUUGUGGACACGCUCGUGCAUGAAACAGUUCUGGAGUUUUGGUAAAACGGCGACGUCUAGGGGUCGUACGUGCGCGCGUGGGAGAAGCACAGCAGGCAGAGGGGUCACAUGGGCCAUCCACGUGAUGAGAUGCUCUGUAUUGCUGUUUGUUGGGACUUGUACAGAGGCUUGAGGGUUCCACGUGGGAUCUAACCCCCCCACCCCACCGCACUCGCUUUCUGAUUGGCUCUCAAAAGACAUUACUGGCAGAGGAAUCCGUAGCUCUCUCUCCGUCCCUCGAGCCUUUGUAUAUGGGAAAUGAAUCAAAUGAUUGACAUCUCAAUUUUUUAUUUUGUUUUUGAAGAAUUUGAUUUUAAUUUGAUGUAUCACAAUCCUGACAUAUUUUUUAAAAUGAUAGAUUUUAUAAGAUUGUGACAA